ACAUGUCUGCGUUAAGAUGCUGCGCCGCUUUUCAUUGGAAGAAAAUAUUUGAAAAUCACCGCAUUGCAUGAUGUUGCUUUGUGUUUAUUAUCAUCAUCAUCUUUGUGUUUAUUUGCACAGGUUUUAUUGGCUACGGAUGCUAGGGACGCAGAAAGGGGAAACACAAGAUUAGCUCUACGAUGCUCACUGCAUUUGUGACGGUAGGAUCCAUCUGUGUUAUGUACCGCGUCUCCGAUUUUCAAAACGAGCCGCAUCAACGAAAUGUUGGGUAGGUCGUUCACCUGGCGGAAACAGACCCGACGCACAGUCUCCAUGCAGCACCGGGUGCCUCCUUAACACUGACAUGCCCGCGCCCAAAGGGCUACGAGAUACAGGCGCACGCGUGAAUUGGCAGGAGGAAGGGAAACGGGCUCGCACCGGGUGUCCGAUUCGUUGGAGGCCGGAUCGCAUCUGCUGGGGACAAGCAUCAAGGGCAGUGCGGCAAUCCAGCGAUUCACGAACAGUCGAAACGGAUCGUCGAUACACCCUAAAUGUCCCAAUCCCCCUGUAUUCCCAUUGCAGUUCCUCAGCAGUCGCAAAUAUGUCCUAAAACGGCAGCUGGACGCUUUAAAAUGCAACUAAGCCGUCUUUUCAAUAGCACAUAUGCUGUGUUAUUGCUUUCGUUCGGGGUUUAUCGAGGAAAUAUUGAGUUGGAAAUAAAGACGAGGAUCUGUCAGCGUUUUAAGGGUUGUAAAAAGGGCCAAUGAAUAUAUUGCUUAGACACAUCCUUAUUUUUUCGUCAUUGGCCACACUGACUCCCAUCAUAAGCAGGACCAUGGGUUGCAUUCAGAGCAUCGCCUGCAAGCCCCGCAUCCGUCGGGAGAACAUCGUGGUGUAUGAGGUGUCAGCCUCCAUUGACCAGUGCCCGACCAUCAUUGAGGAGAACUCGCCCAUUGUGCUGCGAUACAAGACGCCGUACUUCAGGGCAUCGGCCGGGAUCGUGAUGCCCCCUGUUCCCAGAAACGAAACAUGGACUGUGGGAUGGAUUCAGGCGUGCACACAAAUGGAAUUCUUCAAUACAUACAGUGAUAUUGGCAUGUCCAGCUGGGAACUGCCAGAGCUUCGUGAAGGACGGGCAAAGGCCAUAAGUGACUCUGAUGGUGUUAGUUAUCCCUGGUAUGGUAACACUACGGAAACAGUGACCCUGUCAGGCCCCACGUCCAAACCCUCCCGGCUAACAGUGAGCAUGAAUGACAACUUCUACCCUAGUGUGACAUGGGCAGUGCCCAUUAGCAACAGUAACACGCCAAUGCUCACGCAUAUCACUCGAGACCAGAGCUUUAUCACUUGGCUGGUGGCAUUAAAUGCAGACACCAAAGAGCGUAUUGUUCUUCAGACAGUACGCUGGCGGAUGCGGGUAGACAUUGAAGUGGAUCCAACCAUGCCUCUAGGUUCUCGUGCCAAACUGAUGGGCCGACCACACCAAGAACAACCGCACAUUCUCAGCAACAAUGAACCCAUCCCACCCAAUGCACUAGGUAGGCCCAAUGCCAAUGACGCACAGGUGCUGAUGUGGAGGCCCAGGAGGGGACAUCCACUGGUGGUUAUACCACCAAAAUAGGGAUGUGCUUGCAGGAUGAUGGUGUUGCUUAAUUUGAAGACUGCAUGCACUGCUUGGACACAGCAGUAGUGGGUAUGGGAAACCACAAGUAUUAGGAUAUACAGGUGUCCUGUGGAUUGCCAGUUUUGUUGGUUUUGUUAAAUUCUCUGAACUUGACCUUAUGAGAAGAGAAAACUGAACUGCCUUUCAACUUUACAGCACUCAGUACUUGAUUGGAUAUCAUUUGAUGGAAAGACUAGUACUUAAUCUGAACUGCAUUUCAGGACAGAUGCUCCAUAAUGCAUGAAAGAGAUUAAAUGUUUGGUCCUAUACGACUCAAAUCCAGUGGCAUCCGAAGAUACAAGAAUAGUCAGUGCAAGUCCGGCCAGAAAUUGACACUUUUCUUUGUAGGACAACCAGCAAAACUCUUUGAAACUCACACGUCAGUUGAAUGAGACUUGAAAUGAGACUUUGGCAAAUGCUAGCAAAUAUCUUUUACAUGCUGUAAGUGAAUGAAGACAUCCAUCAAUAAGGUGGAGUGUGUUCAGUAAUUUCGGUACUCAAGAAGGCAUUUGUUGAUAUCAACCAAUCAGACACAUCCUGGCACUGAAGAGUUGAUAAGAGUUUUGUUUAUGCUCGCACAUAAGUUUGUUUGAGUUGACGCAGUGGGUGCUGCACCAUAGGCAUUCAACAGAUUAGUCACAUGCCAUUUACCGUACACUCCAUCUGUGCCAUUCUCCAUCUGCCUGUCUCUCUGUUAUUCCUCAAGCUGUCUCAAUAUCUCCUCUCCCGUAGAGACUCCUUGGUAAAUUAUGACAUUGAAUUUCCAUCACAAAUAUCAGGUUUAGCUUUAACCUCAAUCAGUCGGUGGUGGAUUUAUUUAGGCCCAUAUGGAAUCUGCAAAUAAGCUCCGCAGAUUUCUGCAGAAUUGAAAAGUCAUUCACAAAGUUCUACACAUAACCCACCGCUUGCAGGAUUGUAUAUUAAAUAUUUUUGGCUAAUAAGAAAAUGCUUUCGUCUAAUAAUAAGAGAAUUUGUUGGUACUCACAGCUCCAUUUAAUACAUUUUACUAAAUCUAUUUUGGUGUUUUUCCUCCAUUAGCACAGAAAAUGCUGAAAGUUUCAGUUUCUGUUUUUUGACUUCCACAACAAAGAUGCAUUGCUUUCUAACAAAUAAAUAUAACAGAAGAGAAUGAAAAAGAGGAGUGCAUACUAUGGUAUGAAUUUGCUAAUAAAGUAGCAUACUGUUUGUGAUCAAACUGGCAUGUGAGGCUGUUUAGCUACUGAUAAUGGAACCACAAUCCCAAUAAACAAAAUCUAGGCCUUUUUCAUAAUGCUUAUUAAUAUUUACAUAAAUAUAGACCUAAAGCUGGCACAUGACUGUUUAUACAGGCAGGCCUAGAAAAUAAAAUGAAUAAUAAAUGAGAACUGCUUGGACUAAAAACAUUUCAAAAACACAUUUCAAAUCAGUGAAUUCAAUCACUUUCUUGUAGCCAACUGCCCAGUAGAGGGAUCAACUAAAAAUGAAAACAGAAAUUUGUGAAUUCUUGAAUUCUGCUGGACAAUUCUGACCAUCUUACAGACGUCAGAAUCUUUUUUCAAAAUUUAUCUAAAGGACUCACAUGUUUUGUUCAUUAUUUGCAUGCUUUUGAUUUAGUGAAUUGCAUUCUUUUAUUCUGCUUUGGACCUGAGUGGUCUGAAACAAAGAGGUGAAGCCCAAUCUGGACAUGAAAUGACAAUAAUGACUAACUCUAGCUUUGCUUCAUGUCUGAUGCUUCACCUAAUAUCACUAUACAACUCAACAAUAAUUUGAGCUGCAUGCAGUAUGUCUAAGCUUGGAGCUCUGAUCUAGAUGAUCUAGAUGAAGGUAGAAUAAAUCAAACAGGGUUCCCUUUUAUCUAAUAUGAUCAGUUCAUCAUCUAAUCUACCUCUAUCUUGACCUUUUUCCUCUAUCAUUUCUCAGUUAAAUUCUCUGUAUCUGUCAAAGCCAUAUUCUUCUUCAAGAUGAUCAUUUAAAUAAAGAUGUAUCAUUAAAAGUAUGUGAACUCAGUAUCUGAAAAUGAUCACAUGAACACCAGCAGGGAAUCUGGGGUUAAAAUACAGUAGGCCCAAAAAUUAUUUGGAAAAUUAAACCUAAAUGAAUGAAUUUCAUUGCAUUGGAUACAUUUGAUUUGCAAACAAAUUAUUUUCUUAACAGGUUAUGCAAUGACUUUCAAAUAAAGCAUGUCAAGGUGAUUUUUAGUGGAUGUAUGUUCACACAAGUGUCCUAGAAGAGUAAUCACAUGUGUAGUUCAGCACAUUAACUAUGUGUUCCACUAACAACCAGAAAGUGUUUUUCUUGGGUUCUUAUUAAUUAAUAAUUUCUCAUUUAAAACCUAACAAAUGUCUUUUUAUUAAAUAGUUUACUUGAAAAGCGUGCUUCGGCUACCUUUCUUUCAAAUUAAGUGACUAAAUACUUUUGGAGGUUAUUCUGUACAGUUCAAAAUAUUGAUUCAAAAUUUCUUAUCUUGGAGGUUAAUGUUUCAGUUUUCAAAGUGCGAUUUCAGACAUAAUCUUUACAUGAAUAAAAAACAUCAACUUUGUAACGUUUUGCUAUCAAUCAUGUCAUAAGUUCUGUCACAAACAGAACUUAUGUUAAACAGGUACAACAGCUUUUUGCCAUAGUCAUGUGCUUCCCACUGCAAAACUGGUCUAUGCAAACAUUGCAUUAAGAGCAGGAAACGAUAAUACAGUUAGAAGGAAAUAUGUUUUUUCACCUCUCUUUUUCCACACAAGUCAUUUUUAUAUAUAUAAAACAAACUGAUGCAAAAUAUAUUUCCAGUGGAAUCCCAAGAGUAAUAAGGUACUAAUAAGUAGUGCACUUAGGGUCUUGCUGCAGUCUGAUCUUUUAAGAUGCUGACAUGCUAGACUAUGCAUGACGUAAAUACAACCAGUAAAUACAGUACCAUAUCUACCAGCACUAAUUUGAAAGUUUUGAUAUCAUUAUGUGAAGUACAUGUGCUGAAAAUGUUAGCUUAGCAUGCUAAUCAAGAUAAACUUUAAUUUGACCAUUUUUUUCUUUGGUUAUGUCAUUUAACAUGUCAUAGAUAGCUCACAUGACAUUAAUUGAUGUAUUUUCAUUCUUAAGACAACUUAAAUCUUCAAGCAAUAUUGUAGGAUUUCCAAUCAGGCACUACAGAAACUGCCCAAAACAACAUCUUUCUGCCAAUGAAAUCGUUUAGGGGUCCAAGGGGACAGAAUUUCAUGGUUGAAUCUGAAAAUGGCAUGACACUGGGGUAAUUUAGCAUGUUCAGAAUCUAGUGUGACAAAAUUCUGGGUUCAAUACAAGUUAACCUCAAUCAACAGCAUGUAUGGCAUAAUACUGCUUACCACAAACAUUUUAGAAUGGAAGUGAAUGGGGGUCAAUCUGUAAAAUUUAAAAUACUCAUUGUUUCAAAAAUAUAGCCAGAAGACAUAAACAAUAUGUGUGUUAACAUGAUAUCAGCAUGAUAAAAUCACUUACUAAACUUUUCUGUGUAAAGUCAUACAAUUUUUCAACUUUGUUGCCAUGACGUUGUUAUGUCAACAAACCCUAAAAUUACUGUAAAAAUUACAAUUUUUAACAAAUUUACAGCUCAAAUAAUACAUGUGUUUUAACAGAAGAAUGAAUGUAUGUGCUUUUAUAAAAUUAUAAGCUUCACAUUUCUGCCUUUGAACCCUUUAAAAAUUGGCCCCAUUCACUUCCAUUGUAAGUGUCUUACUGUAACACAGAUAUUUGCUUUUUUUUUUUUUAAAGAAAAGGAGGGACGAGUCAGAAUGAUUUUUGUGGUAAUCAACAUUAUGCCACAAAUGCUGUCGAUUGAGCUUAACUUCUAUUGAAACCGGAACAUUCCUUUUCCACAACGCCACUUGCCAUGAUUACGCCACCAAUCAAAACGCAGCCAUUGGUCUCUUGAUAUUAGAUUAAACUUCACAAUUUGAAAUUCACAAUUUAAAAAAACUCUUUUGGAUUUCUUCUUUUAUUGGCUUCUCAAAAGGUAUAUGUGAAAUAAUUAAUGCUUCUCAACAACUUCUCUGGUGAUGUAAUGUGGAAUAAUGAAGGCCUCUUUUAAACUUAUUUUGUUGGGUAGCUGCAGCUGCUCCCUGUUCUAAAGAUGUUCUUAGGAAUCUGUUUUUUGACUCUACUUUCACGUUUUACAUGUAGCUCAAGCAUGCAUGUCACCCCCAUAUAAGGUAAAGAACUAUUUCAUUGGUGGGGGUCCAGUGGAAUGUGGUUUUUCUGGACCAUAUAACAGAAUGCUGAACAAAUAAACUUUGAAGAA